AUGUCUGGUCGCGGUAAGGGUGGGAAGGGCCUGGGGAAAGGAGGUGCUAAGCGCCACCGCAAAGUUCUGCGUGAUAAUAUCCAGGGCAUUACCAAGCCGGCUAUCCGACGCCUAGCUCGGCGUGGCGGGGUGAAGCGCAUCUCCGGCCUCAUCUAUGAGGAGACCCGUGGGGUGCUAAAGGUGUUUCUGGAGAACGUGAUCCGGGAUGCCGUUACGUACACUGAGCACGCCAAGCGCAAGACUGUCACUGCUAUGGACGUGGUCUACGCGCUCAAGCGCCAGGGACGCACUCUGUACGGCUUUGGCGAUUGGCGCUGCUCGUGCAUGGCUCGCACGAAGCAGACCGCUCGCAAGUCCACAGGCGGCAAGGCGCCGCGCAAGCAGCUGGCCACCAAGGCGGCCCGCAAGAGCGCGCCGGCCACGGGCGGCGUGAAGAAGCCGCACCGCUACCGGCCCGGCACGGUGGCCCUGCGCGAGAUCCGUCGCUACCAGAAGUCCACGGAGCUGCUGAUCCGCAAGCUGCCGUUCCAGCGCCUGGUGCGCGAGAUCGCGCAGGACUUCAAGACCGACCUGCGCUUCCAGAGCUCGGCCGUGAUGGCGCUGCAGGAGGCGUGCGAGGCCUACCUGGUAGGGCUCUUCGAGGACACCAACUUUGUAAUAGUUUUCGGCAUGUCGGGUCGCGGCAAAGGUGGUAAGGGCCUUGGAAAAGGGGGCGCUAAGCGUCAUCGCAAAGUUCUGCGCGAUAACAUCCAGGGCAUCACGAAGCCCGCUAUUCGCCGUCUGGCCCGGCGUGGUGGUGUGAAGCGCAUUUCUGGUCUCAUCUACGAGGAGACGCGCGGGGUGCUGAAGGUGUUUCUGGAAAACGUAAUCCGGGACGCUGUCACCUACACAGAGCACGCCAAGCGCAAGACUGUUACCGCCAUGGACGUGGUCUACGCGCUCAAGCGCCAGGGACGCACUCUCUACGGCUUCGGCGGCUGAGUGUUCGCGCUCUUUGUUC